CUCCGCCCCAACAGUUUUCUGUGCAGAUGGUUGUGUGGUUGGCAUAGGCUUGGCAUUAAGCUAGAGUUCACUAGCUGCAAGGCCUCUUCCAAACCUCAACAAAAAACCGGUCUUAAUCUUUAUCUUAAGCAUCAAAACUUAGGUCCAUUACCCCGUGCAGUUGCUCUACCACACCACGUGCACAUCUGCGCGCCGACCGUUUGGUUUUUCCCCUUCACUCGUCAGUGCAUGUGCACUCGUUCAUGUGCGUUCUCUGCAAUUUUUCGUCGCACAAAGACCGGGGUAGAAACCUACCUCGGUCCAUCCAGACUUAUGGCUUUCCUGCUUGACUGAUGACUGAGCUGUACUCACAAAACUGAGAGACUAAACCAAUAAAGCUAAUCAUUGAGAUUACUGGUGGUGUGGCAGAUGGCCAGCCAAGCCAAAGGUCAGGCCGCCCUUUUUCUUUCUUUCGUUCUUUCUCUUUUCUUGAGUUGUGAGCUUCUCUUUUCUUGAGUUGUGAGCUUAAAAGAACCAUUCUCUUUGUAAUUUAUGUCAGAAUUGAGUCUUUGCCCUGCCCAGGCGCAAUUUGAUUUGGUUGAAUUUGUGUUCUGCUGUGGGGAAGCCAUUUUCCAUUCCCUUCCUCCGGACGUGCCAUUUGCUAUGUGCAUGGCUGCCCGCUGCAAAACUGGUCCAGUCAAAGAUGACGGCUAAGGAAUGCCCGCACGGCAUUCGCAUGGCCCUCGUUGCAGCGUCCGCUGCCACGGCUGAAGCUGUGACUUUCCCAAUUGAUUUUGGGAAGACACGCAUGCAAUUGCAUGCUGGAAGGCAAACCUUCUCUGGUGCCUUGGCCUCCGCAGUCCGCAAAGAAGGAAUAGGCGGAGUCUAUGCUGGUAUCCAGCCAGCCAUUGUUCGUCAUCUUGUGUAUUCAUCCUUGCGGAUCUCUUUGUACGAGGAUCUUCGCAAGCGUUUGACUCGUCAUUUCUCCAAUUCAGCCAGCAGUGCUUUGGCUGGCCUGCUGGGUGGGGGCAUUGCGCAGGCAGUGGCUUCACCUGCUGACCGCUUGAAGGUCAUGCUUGUACAUGAAGGUGGCCGGGAUGGGAUGGUCUCCUUGCUGCAACGAAUCUUGCGAGAAGAAGGUGUGAAGGGUCUCUACCGUGGUGUGGUUGUCAACGUGCAGCGCGCAGCAUUGGUGAACCUCGGAGAGUUGUCAACCUACGACCAGGCAAAGAAGUUGAUCCUCAAGCGCAGUGGUUUGGACGACGGAUUAGCCGUUCAUACUCUGAGUGCAUUCUGCAGUGGAUUUGUGGCGUCAAUUUGUGCCACCCCUGCCGACGUAGUCAAAAGCCGCGUCAUGGCAGGGCAGGCUCAUGGAGUCGUAGCGUGUGUCAAAAGGCCAUCAGAACAACUCCCAACGUCAACACUGUCUUUUGACCUGCGGCCUUUGGUAAGUUCGGAAAAUCGUCGGAUUCUUAGAGGGAUCAAGCAGCAAGUCGUGGGCACAGCUUUGGGGUGGAAGGUUGGAGAAGAAGGUCUUUGGGCCUUAUGGAAAGGGUUCUUCCCAAACUGGGGACGCCUUGGGCCAUGGCAACUUGCGUUUUGGAUCACUUACGAACACACACGUCAAGCCAUGGGUUACGGCGGGUUCUGAAACCAUGGACCGUGGAGAGGUGAACCAACUGAGUUGUGCUUGGUGAAAAGGCCUGAGCUUGAGUUCUCGAGCUGGACCAAACUGCUCACUCCCAAACGCGUG